AUGGAGGAGAAUACAGGACAGACCAUCAAUGAUUUCAUAGAAGAUAAAAUAAAAGAGCUUGGUUCAGUGAAUUUGUUGGGCUUCCAGAUGACUCUGUUGGAUAUUGGCGGAGGGUUCUCUGGGAGAGAUGACUUUCAAGUGAAAUUUGAGGAGUGUUCUGAAGUCAUUAAUGGAGCAUUGGAUGAAUUCUUCCCACCUGACAGUGGGGUGCAGAUUAUUGCAGAACCAGGCCGAUACUAUGUGGAAACCGCCUUCACACUGGCAGCCAAUGUCAUUGCCAAAAGAGUAAUCUUAGAUGAUACGGAUGAACGUAGCGACGCUGAGGAAAACAGCCCUGACCGAAUGAUGAUGUACUACAUUAAUGAUGGGGUGUACGGCUCCCUGAAUUGCCUUAUCAAUGAUGCUGCUCACACCAAAGUGGAACCAUACAUUCAAAGGGCUGUUGAGAGCAGUGAGCAGAGAUACUGCUCUGUUAUCUGGGGUCCAACCUGCGACAGCAUUGACAAAGUAACCGACAGCUGCUGGAUUCCUGAGCUGCAUGUGGGCGACUGGCUUCUCAUCGACAACAUGGGCGCUUACUCUGUUGCUUUAUCCAGUGACUUCAAUGGCUUUGAAAAAGCACACAUUUAUCCUGUAAUGACAGCUGAGACAUGGCACGCCUUACAUAGGCCAGACAAAAGUUAUGCACUAAAAUCUGUAUACAAGUCAUGUAUUUAG